UUAUGUAAUAUUCAACUGGAAGAGAGUAUGGAUGGAAAAGAAACUUCGUCUACCUGCCUAUAUAUGACCAUAAACUACUUCUUCACCAGGGUUGACGCAGAAAAUUCACCACAACGCGGGAUCCCAUGAAUUCACAUAGAAAUUAGAAGAAAAUCUUGAAGUACUCUGAUUGAUACUUGGUUGUUUCCUGAAACCUGUUUAUGUAACAUCUAGCUAUGUGAACUCUGGAUAAUAUAUGAAGAAAAAUAUAGGACUCCAUCUACUAAUCUUAAGUGUCUAUUUUUCCGUUAGCACAACACCGCGUUCUUGACUUGGCUUGGAUUAGGAAGCUCAACUUGUGCCUCUGACGUUGAUUCAGGAAGGAGACUUUCAAAGAAAAUCAAUCUUGUUUUGGAACAGCUCAUCUAUAUAUAAAUAAUGGAUAUAUGGGACUUGAGAUCAUAGAAACUCAAUCUUAAAAGACUUUGAGUGUUUGAAAGAAAAAAAAAAAAAAAAAAAACAUAUUUUCUUGUCCUGUUACUUCUUGGGUGUUCAAAUUUGUGUUUGAAUUUCUUGUUCUUUCUUGUGGGGGUAAGCAUUUUGUUUACAUCUCUUCUUUCUUCAGUCUCGUAGUUUAUUUCCAUUUCCUGUUGUUCUUUGUUGGUAUCUUAAGAAUCACUUACGAAGGUACUAUGGUUGCUCUGGCUUUACUUGUAGUUACUCCUAUUAUUAGUGAGAUAGUUAAAAUUACCAGUACAUUGAUCCGAGAAGAGUUUCUUUUAGUUUCGGAUAUUAAAGAUGAUGUGGAGAAGCUCAAAAGCAACCUAACUGCUAUACAAGCCACACUGAAAUAUGCAGAGGAGAGGCAACUUGAUGCGGAGCAUUUGAGAGACUGGCUCAGUAAACUUAAAGAUGCAGCCGAUGAUGCAGUGGACAUACUGGACACUUUACGAACAGAAAUGUUUCUUUGUCAGAGAAAGCAUCAGCUGGGCAAAAUUCUGACUCCUAUUAGUCCAGGUCCAGCACAUAAGAUUAAGGAAAUUUUGUCGAGACUGAACAUAAUUGCUGAAGAAAAACAUAAUUUCCAUCUCAACAUUAAUGUCAACGAUGAGUUGUCACGAUCCCACGAGCGUCAGCCGGUAGGUGAUUUUGUGGACACAAGCAAUGUUUUCGGUCGGGAGGAAGAUAAAGAAAAAAUUAUUGAUUUGCUGCAAUCAGAUAAUUCUGAUGAUGAAGGCACCCUUUCUAUCAUUCCCAUCGUUGGGAUGGGAGGACUGGGCAAAACAACUCUUGCUCAACUCAUCUACAAUGAUGAGAGGAUAGAAAAGUCUUUCGGUUUAUCAAGGAUGUGGGUCCCUGUAUCGGUUGACUUCGACUUAACAAGGAUCCUUAGAGGGAUAAUGGAGUCUUACUCCAAAAUGCCUCUUCCUCCUGGCUUAUCCUCAGACCUAGUAAUGUCUCGUUUUCGAGAAUUCUUGCCUGGAAAACGUUUUCUACUGGUUCUAGAUGAUGUCUGGAACGACAAUUACAUGGACUGGAGCCCGCUCCUAGAACUCUUGAAAACUGGUGAGAAGGGAAGUAAAGUUAUACUUACCAGUCGAAUCCAACGGAUUGGAACAGUUGUAGGCACUCAGCCUCCCUAUCUUUUAGGUUAUUUGCCUGAAAAUGAAUGCUGGUCACUAUUUGAAAGCAUUGCAUUCAAGAAGGGUGGUAGUCUAUUAGACAGCGAGAAAAAAGAAUUGGAAGAUAUAGGCAAGGAAAUCGUUACCAAGUGCAAAGGUUUGCCUUUGGCAAUAACAGCAAUGGGGGGUAUUCUGCGUGGUAACACCCAUGCAAACAAAUGGAGAAGAAUUUUGAGAAGCAACAUGUGGGCAGAAGACCACAAGAUUCUGCCAGCUUUAAAACUGAGUUAUUACGACCUGCCAUCUCAUCUUAAGCAAUGUUUUGCGUUCUGUUCCAUAUUUCCAAAGGCCUAUGCUUUUGAUAAGAAAGAGUUGGUCAAACUUUGGAUGGCUCAAUCUUUUAUUCAACUCGAAGAACAAACUAGCGAAGAGGAGAUUGGAGCUGAAUAUUUUGAUGAGUUGCUUAUGAGGUCCUUCUUCCAACUACUGAAUGUCGACAAUAGGGUGCGGUACAGAAUGCAUGAUCUUAUCCAUGACUUGGCAGAUUCGAUUUCAGGUUCCCAAUGCUGCCAAGUGAAAGAUAACAUGUCAAGCUUCCAGCCUGAACAAUGUCAAAAUUGGCGCCAUGUGUCCUUGCUUUGCCAAAAUGUUGAAGCGCAAAGCAUGGAGAUAGCUCAUAAUUCGAAGAAGCUGCGCACACUUCUGUUGCCUCGUGAGCACCUGAAGAAUUUUGGUCAGGCCCUUGAUCAGUUGUUUCAUUCAUUGAGAUACAUCCGUGCCUUGGAUUUGAGUUCAAGCACGCUUCUUGAAUUGCCAGGCUCCAUUAAAGAAUGCAAGCUGUUGCGCUACCUUGACCUUUCCCAGACGGAAAUCAGAGUACUUCCCGACUCGAUAUGCAGCUUGUACAAUUUACAAACUCUGAAACUCUUGGGGUGUCAUUCGCUUUCUGAACUCCCCAAAGAUCUUGGCAACUUGGUUAAUCUGUGUCAUCUCGAGAUGGAUGAUAUGUUCUGGUUCAAAUGCACUACUUUGCCACCAAAUAUUGGGAACUUGUCAGUGCUGCACAAUCUUCACAAAUUUAUUGUUGGCUGCCAGAAUGGAUACAAAAUCAGAGAACUGCAGAGGAUGGCAUUCCUCACAGGAACAUUGCACAUCUCAAACCUUGAAAAUGCAGUAUAUGCAAUAGAGGCUGAACUAAAAGAGAAGGAGAGGCUUCACAAGUUGGUCCUUGAGUGGACUAGCAGAGAAGUUAAUUCACAAAAUGAAGCACCAGAUGAGAAUGUGCUUGAAGAUCUUCAACCUCACUCAACUCUCAAGGAGCUUGCAAUUUCUUACUAUCUGGGCACUAGGUUUCCACCUUGGAUGACUGAUGGGCGACUGCGAAAUCUGGCCACUAUUUCCUUGAAUCAUUGCACAAGAUGUAGAGUUCUCUCCUUUGAUCAGCUACCCAACCUUAGAGCUCUCUAUAUUAAAGGGAUGCAGGAGUUGGAUGUAUUGAAAUGCCCCUCCCUGUUCCGUCUAAAGAUUAGUAAGUGCCCCAAAUUGAGUGAGUUAAAUGAUUUCUUGCCCUACCUGACGGUUUUGAAGAUCAAAAGAUGUGAUUCACUUAAGUCUCUUCCUGUGGCCCCAUCUUUAAUGUUUCUGAUACUUGUUGACAAUGUUGUUCUGGAGGACUGGAGCGAAGCAGUAGGGCCAUUUAUUUCUAGAAAUAAUCAAGGUGAGCAUGUAAUAGGACUUCGUCCUUCUUUUACAGAACUUUUGGAGAUGAAAGUUCAAAACUGCCCCAAGCUGCCAGCACUCCCACAAGUCUUUUUUCCACAGAAACUGGAGAUCAGUGGAUGCGAACUGUUCACUACCCUCCCAAUCCCAAUGUUUGCUCAGCGUCUUCAGCAUUUAGCACUAGGUGGAAGCAAUAAUGGAACAUUACUGAGGGCAAUACCUGCUUCCAGCUCUCUAUACUCCCUGGUCAUUUCCAACAUUGCGAACAUAGUUUCUUUGCCGAAAUUGCCUCACCUUCCUGGGCUCAAGGCUAUGCACAUCCACAAUUGUCAAGAUCUCGAGUCUUUAUCUGAAGAAGAGGAAGCACUUCGAAGCUUCACAUCUCUGAGAUUAUUAUCCAUUCAAGGCUGUCAAAAGCUUGUGACAUUGCCAAAUGAAGGACUACCAACUCACCUGGAGUGUUUGAGUAUCAGCUCAUGCAACAAUUUGCAGUCUCUAGGCAACAAGGAGAGUCUGAAGAGCCUCACCUCACUCAAAGACCUUUACAUUGAGGAUUGUCCCCUGCUCCAUUCCUUUCCUGAGGAUGGCCUUCCUACUUCUUUGCAACAUUUGUACAUUCAAAAAUGUCCUAAACUGACUGAGAGAUGCAAAAAGGAAGCAGGACCAGAAUGGCCGAAGAUCGAGAACAUCCUUGACUUGGAAAUUGAUUUCCCAGAAGCAUCUCCAGUCCCACCAUUGCAAAAGAAGAAACCUUGGUAUCAUUACUUGCUCUGUGGGAAAGGGAUAAAUUCUAAAACAAAUAUGGAGCUGGGAGAAUCAUCUACUUCACUAGAAAAUAGUCACUGAAGUCGCAUGGAUAAGGAUCUAAUGCAGAAACUAUAUGCAGCAACAACGAUCAAGCAACUUAUGCCGAUGACUCUGGCUUGGAAGUUGAAACCAUAACCAUACACGGGUGUGUUUAUACUGCAGCCUGUUGCUCCUCCUAGCAAGCUCCUUGUUGCCUUGUAAUUUAUGUUUUCUUAGACGCCACAGGGGUUUGCUUGUGUUUGUGUUCUUUAUUAUCUUUUUGUUUUGCUCUGAUGUUCUGUUACUGUUUUUGCCCAACUGGAUUUCUUGUAUUUCUGAUCUUUCUGCUUGUAAUUCUUCAUUAUUAAAAGGAGCUUGAAAUUUUGGUGUUUGA